GCACGCCCGGGGCGCGGGGUCGGAGCGCGCUGCGCGGCGCCGCCCCCCGGCCCUCGGCCCCCUAGCCCGGGCGCCCCCGGAGCGGCGCGCGGAGGGAGGAGGGCGGGCGGGCGCGGCGGGCCGGGCCGGCGGGCGGCGGACUAUGAGGCGCCCACCAUGGUGCGAUGCGACCGCGGGCUGCAGAUGCUGCUGACCACGGCCGGAGCCUUCGCCGCCUUCUCACUCAUGGCCAUCGCCAUCGGUACCGACUACUGGCUCUACUCCAGCGCGCACAUCUGCAACGGCACCAACCUGACCAUGGACGACGGGCCGCCACCCCGCCGCGCCCGCGGCGACCUCACCCACUCCGGGCUGUGGCGGGUAUGCUGCAUCGAAGGGAUCUAUAAAGGGCACUGCUUCCGGAUCAAUCACUUCCCAGAGGACAACGAUUAUGACCAUGACAGCUCCGAGUAUCUCCUUCGCAUCGUGCGCGCCUCCAGCGUCUUCCCCAUCCUCAGCACCAUCCUGCUCCUGCUGGGUGGGCUCUGCAUCGGCGCCGGGAGGUUCUACAGCCGCAAGAACAACAUCGUCCUCAGCGCCGGCAUCCUCUUUGUGGCUGCAGGCCUCAGUAACAUCAUAGGCAUCAUCGUCUACAUUUCCAGCAACACAGGCGACCCAAGCGACAAGCGCGACGAAGACAAAAAAAACCAUUACAACUACGGCUGGUCUUUUUACUUUGGAGCCCUGUCUUUCAUUGUGGCCGAGACCGUGGGCGUCCUGGCCGUAAACAUUUACAUUGAGAAAAAUAAAGAGUUGAGAUUUAAGACCAAACGGGAGUUCCUUAAGGCUCCCUCCUCGUCUCCCUACGCCAGGAUGCCGAGCUACAGGUACCGGCGACGGCGCUCCAGGUCCAGCUCGAGGUCCACCGAGGCCUCGCCCUCCAGGGACACGUCUCCGGUGGGCCUGAAGAUCACCGGGGCCAUCCCCAUGGGCGAGCUGUCCAUGUACACGCUGUCCAGGGAGCCCCUCAAGGUGACCACCGCCGCCAGCUACAGCCCCGACCAGGAGGCCAGCUUCCUGCAGGUGCACGACUUCUUCCCGCAGGACCUGAAGGAAGGCCUGCACGUCAGCAUGCUGAACCGGCGGACGACCCCCGUGUGAGCCGCCCCUUCCUCUCCCCAGACGGCUGUUUGGAUCCCACAGGAGGGCAUCUGACCCUGUAGACGGGCCAACAAUGGACUGAAGCCAAACCCAACCCUCCCUGGUCUCCAGAAAGUAUCUCGGGCUGGCUUAGAGCGAAGCACCAGGAGACAGGAAUCAGAAGUGGAAGGCUGACUUUAUCCCCGAAAAGGGUGUUUUGAGGCCCCAGGGGUUCUGAAAAUCUCCCAGGAGGCCCAAGAGCUGUCCUGAGGCUGCACGGCCUCGACCAACCUGGGGAAACAAAAUUGAGCCAUUAUCUCUUCUUGGAAACCAAUCUUGCCAGAAGGCCGGGCUUUCAGGGCCUUCCCUCCCUGCCUGGUCCUGGGCCACCAGGAGGGCUUCGCCGGGCACACGGGGGCCUUUGGACACUGGUCAGCUGCCUUUGCACCAGAGGUCCCGCGUCUGUGAGCCGGAAACGAGGAAGCCGGAGCUCACCCCCUUCCUCUCUGUCUGUCUGUCUAUCUCUCUCUGGCAGUAGCCUGUUGUUGAAAUAACAGUGAUCCUGAGGAGCAAGUCCUGCAGCCAACUGGUGCUUUGGCCUUUGUGCUGUCCCGGGGCCGCUCCCCUCAACCUGAGGAAACCGAGGCCUGUGGAGGAGUCCACACAGGGGGAGGCCUUCACUGGCCUGGGCGUGAGGUAAAGGCCAGAGUCUGUUGCUGGCUUUCCUGUCUGCUUCUGGAAGUUUCUGCCUCACACAGAAAGAGCAGAACACACUGACUGUACUUGAGAGUCCAGCAGUACGAGUCAGACGAAAGGUGGCCAUGUGGCCUCUUGCUGUGUCCCUCCCCACUGGCCUGAGGAGCAGCUCUGUCCCUCCUGGGGGAGAGGAAGGGAUGGACCCCUCCCCUCCACUGGUGUUUGGCUACAGGAGCCUGAACUUCUGUGCAAGAAAGGGAGACCCGAGGGUGAACAGCGACCAAAAAAUCAGAACAAACAUCCAUUUCCUAGGUGGUCAUUCAUCGUGAUUAUUUACUCCUGGCAAGUAAACGCCAGGAGAACAAGUUCCAUUCGUUUCCUCAUCUUAAGAAGUAGCAGCAACACCUCCCCCAACUCCAAUUAUUGGAAUUUAUUCUGCCAGCACCUGAAAGGGCUCAGCGGAGGAAGUCUGGAUGAAAAGCCAAGCUGUGUAUUUCUUCCUCCUCACGAGAGGGACGUCUCAGCACUUUGGAACCAAGGAGACGGGUUCCAUGUUUGACAUUUUUCCAACCAUUUUUUCCACUCCCAAAGCAAGCAGGAAGGUGGAAGUGUGUCUGGGUUUAGAAGAACUUUCUGGAACAUGGAACUUACCCUCUUUUAUAUAAAACAUGUGCUUUCUAAAGACAAAUCCUUUCUUACUUUUUGAGACUUGGCAAUCCAAUCUUGAGCAGUCGUCUGUGAUCCCGGUAGCUGUCGUACUUAGAAGUGACAAGCAAAUUCUUACCUCAGCCACCUGCUCACGGACCCCUGGGUGGACUUGGCCCCUGGGAGUUCAUUUCCGGGUCACGGUCGUCACCAUCCUCUUUCGCCCCCAGAGGGGAAAUCUCCACAUGUCCCACCUCCAACCGACUGCCCCGUGUGCUGGCGAGCUGAGGCGCGGUGUGCCAGGCCCCUUUGUGCUUGCUCGAAACCCUUUCCUCCCGUUGAGGUUGGCUUUGUGUGGUGGUUUGUCCAAGCAUGUACAGCACUGAAUGCUGGAGUGUCAGGGCUCGUGGCCUGCCCCUGCUGUGGGCCAACCCCACCCCGUCCUGCCCCCACCCCCGACCACUCUCACCCCUCCACACCAUGAUACCAUCUGACCAGGCUAGAAGGAAGGGGGCGAAAUCUGGGGACCCAUCACCCACCAAGGCCCCGAGACUUCUUCUGUCACUUCCAAAAGCAAGGCAGCCUUGCUCUUUCUUCCACAUAAGCCACCUCCCCACCUCCUGCCCCAGAAGUUUCUAUCAUUUCAUGGAGAAAGCUGUGUUCCAAUGAAUCCUACCUCUUGCCCGGUCCCAGGCAGAGAACGUGGGGCCCACUCUAGGGACCAAGAAAGAGUAGAAAGAAGCGACAAAAAGGGACAGAAGAGCAGGGAGCAGAACAACCUCAGACCCCCUGGUCUUCACAGCCUUUCUCCCCACCACCACCCCAGGCUCCAGGCCCCUCAUCGCUGGCUCACCCCCUCCUCCUCACCACAUCCCAGCCGGGGCUUGCCAGGGAAGGGAGCAGAGCUGCCUCUCUGCCCCUGUCAGUCUGAGACCUUGCACCCACUGCGGGGAUGUGGUGGCCUAUGCCCACCUCCUCACCAUCUUCCCAACCCACCACCCUCUCCAACCAGCCCCUGUGUGUUUCGCCAGUUAAGCACCUGUGCAUCCUGUACCUACUACUGGUUUUGGGUUGUUAGUUCUGUCUUUUUUUUUAAUUAAAUAAAAACAUUUUUAAAAUGUU